ACCCUCCCCCAUGCAAGCCAAGCCAGCCUCUCCUCUGAUAUCACAAUCCAUCCCUCCCACUUCUCUCCACCGCUCCCCAUCUCCCCAUGGAGGAGCGGUUCUCACCUCCCCCCCAUGCGAGCGGCCGCCACGGCGGCAGCGUCGGCGGCGGCGAUCACGAAGCCAACCCCGACCUCACUCUCGUGCCCAAACCCGGCAAUCCCGAGCACGUGUUCGCCUCCGACACCUAUGUCGUCCAGAUCCCCAAGGACCAGAUCUACCGCGUGCCACCCCCGGAGAACGCCUUGAUCGUCGAGCGCCACCGGAAGCCCGCGGGGGCGAAGAAGCGGUCGUGGUGUUGUUCUUCUUGCUGCUGCUGCCUCUUCGUGACCGUCAUCGUGAUCUUCCUCGCCUUGGGCGUCCUCGCCGUCGUUUCCUCCUUCUUCUUGAAGCUGAAAAACCCUAAUUUCCAUGUCGACCAUUUCCUCGUCAAGAACCUGACGAAGUCGCAUGACAAAAACACCAAACUCGCAUACGACGUCAAAUUGAAGGUCGAGAACCCGAAUCCGUAUACGAGCUUCAUCUACGAGCAAGGCGGGGUCAUCUCGCUCUCUUUCAAACAAAAGGCGGUCGCGACAGGGAAGUUCACGCCUUUCGACCAAGACAGGAAGUCGUCGAAGGCCAUCGAUAUCGUCCUCAACGGUUCGAAUACUGCAUUACCCAAGGAGAUGCAAAAAAGCUUGACAAGCGACCAAAAGACCAAGAAUCACGUGACGUUCGCGUUGCGUGUGGACGUUCCGGCCAGAAGGAAGAUCUGGAAGCUAAACGGUUCGAUCUCAAGGUAUGUCGCUUCGUGCCAAUUCACGGUCGAUACGCUGGGAAAAGAUGCUCGUGUUCUUUCCCAGAGUUGCGAGACGGAGCGAGAGGACCUUUGAGAAAAAUCAUCAACUUACUAAAGAUGGCAUGGAUUGCAAGGAUGUACUUUGACGUGGUGAAAUGUGACGAAAUCUUGGAAUUGGAACGAUCGAAAUCGUCAUUUUUAUGAGGCCAUGUUCUUUAUUUCUUCUAUUUGAAGCUAGUGGUGAAAAAAAAA